CGUUUGCAGCUCGCGGUCACUCUGGUUUUCACAGCAACAGCAAAGUAGACGGACGACGUUGGUCUCGUCAACGAGAUUUUCGAUACAAAAACAAAUAGAAUUAACAAGAAGCCCCAAUCCACAAGAUGAUGAAAGCCGCGUCCUGUGCCUAUGUGCGCGCCAGCGCCCAGGCACUGUCCAGCAGCCUGCGGGCCAGUGGAGCCGCCGUUGCCACGCGCCAGGCACACACGGAUCUGCGCGUACCCGAUUUCUCCGCCUAUCGUCGUGACUCAGUCAAGGAUGAGCGUCGCCGCAACGAGAGCGCUGAGGAGCGCAAGGCUUUCUCCUAUAUGCUGGUCGGUGCUGGCGCCGUUGGCGGUGUCUAUGCGGCCAAAGGCAUGGUCAAUGCCUUCCUUGGCUCCAUGAGUGCCUCGGCCGAUGUGCUGGCCAUGGCCAAAAUUGAAAUUAAAUUGGGCGACAUCGCCGAAGGCAAGUCGGUGACGUUCAAGUGGCGCGGCAAGCCACUGUUCAUUCGCCACCGCACCCCGGCCGAGAUUGAAACGGAAAGGGCUGUGCCCACAUCGGCGCUGCGUGAUCCCGAAACGGACGAUCAACGUGUCCUCAAGCCCCAAUGGCUCGUGGUUAUUGGCGUGUGCACGCACUUGGGCUGUGUGCCAAUUGCAAAUGCCGGUGAUUUUGGUGGCUACUAUUGCCCCUGCCAUGGCUCCCAUUAUGACGCCUCUGGACGCAUUCGUAAGGGACCGGCGCCAUUGAACUUGGAAGUGCCCACCCAUGAGUUCCCCGACGAGGGCACCCUUAUCGUUGGUUAAGCCGUCAAGAGUUGUUUACGUUUAAGCAAAGCCCCCGCGACAGCAUAUAGAGAAUGGAUUGAUGUAAAUUAAUAAACACCAAAAAAAAAUCAAA